AUGUACGUGUUCAUAGUACUGAAUGUGUUUUGCUUUUAUCUUACCAACGGCGAUGGUGACAUACCAGAUAUUAACGACAUGUUUCUCACACUACAUGACGACUUCAACGCCAAAAUUAAACCUCCACCAAAAGACGCCAUCAUAAAAAACAUAAGCAUCAACAUCGACAAACUAGACAUUAACAAAAUCAAAGAGAAAAUGGAUUAUUUUGCAAAGAAACUUACGGGAGACUUUGAUGAGACAGAACUCAACAACACUAGACGAACCAUGGAAGGGAUGGGUAGGAAAUACUACGACUAUAGUUUGGAUGAUGAGACGAUGGUUCGGCUGAAAAUCUUGGACCUAAUGCUACAGUUGAUAUACAUGGCGAGAUACAAGAUAAAGAUGAUAGAGAAUGAUCCGUACUUCAACCCCCAAGAUACGUCCUACCGCAUCGGAUACUUGUACAGAAAGUUGAGAAGAAUCCGGAAGAAAAUGCUGGAUAUCUAUUCCCUGAUGGAAAAGAGAUUCCAAAAAAGGGAAGGCAAAUUUCGGAAUGCGGGAACGUACUUAAUACUGCUGAGCAAACAGAAGAAGCUACACAACGACUACCUGUACAUAUGGUGGGUCAUGAUACAGAUGCACGAGAUACACCAGACAAGACACAUGAUUCCCAACACCAGGCCACCCAAAACUAAGGCUACUACUAAACAGGACUAAAAUGCCAUAUUUGUCGUCUCAAUUUACCUGACUUCCUUAGGAAGAGGUUAUGUUUUUAGUUUAAUUCCUCUGGCGUGAUCUAGGGUCUAAAUUGCUUGGUGGA